AUGGACUUAUCAACAGGACUCAUCAGCUCCAGCACACAGGUCCAAAGUGGUACAGGGCUGGUGCGCAACGCCCUUCCCAGACUUCAUCUCGUCGGACGAUCGGCCCCCAAACAGUCCAGGCCCAAAUCCGUUGGACUAUUCCGUGUGGUCGCUUCUUAA